AUGAUGAUGAUUAACAACAAUGGUAAUGGAACAGCAGCAUCAUCCUCUGCCGAUACAGGAGGGAAUGAGGUAGUGGCUGCAGCAGCCGAGAGAACAAAUGCAGACCUCGCUCAAGAGUUUCAAACAAGACUGUUUGUUUUGACGUUCAACGAUGCUAUCGUCAUCAACAAACUAAUGCAUUUUGCAAGAGACCAUAUUAAAGCUGCUCAAGAAAUAGCUCCACUUGUAGAAGAAAGAAUUUUAGAGAGUACAAAUCCCAAACAAAGAUUAGCUGUUUUAUAUGUAUUGGAUUCAAUUACAAAGAAUGUUGGAAAGAUAUAUCAAACUUUGUUUGCUCAGAAUAUAGUAGCUGUGUUUUGUUCGACUUUUGAGAUGGUCGACGACACUAUUCGUACGUCAUUGGUCAAUUUGUACAAUACAUGGGUCAAGGGAAACGUCUUUGAUCAAGCCUCUCUCAAGCAAAUGGAGGAUCGAUUCGGUGCCGACGAGUUCCAAAGAAUUGCAAUACUUCGAAAACAAAUGUUAGAUGCCAAGAAACCUGCUCAACCAAGACCAACACAACAACCAACUCAACCACAACAACAACCACCACAACAACACCGUCAUCAACAACCAAAAUCCAAUCAUCAUCAACAACAAUCUCAACAACAACCAAGACAAUCACAAUCUCCACCUUCACAAACACAACAACAACUAACUCCACAACAAAUUCAAUUCCAGCAACAACAACAAUUACUACUACAACAAAAUCGUUUACUUCAACAAUUGCAACAACCACCAAAUGUGAGACCAAAUCAAUCGUUUUCAAAUGAUCCAAGGGUAAACAAAGGAAGUGCUCCUGCCAACCCUCAAAAUGAUUUCUCUCAACAACAACAAGAUAAUGGAGGUUUUAAUCAAAUGUUUAAUAUGAUGAAUCAACAACCAAUGAAUAAUAAUAAUAAUAGUAGUAAUAACAAUAAUAAUAACAGUCUAAACUAUUUAAAUACAUUUAAUAAUAAUAAUUUAAUGCAAAUGAUGAUGAAUAUGAAUAGAGGAGGAGGAGGAGGAGGUAUGAAUAAUAAUAUGAUGGGUAUGAUGAAUAAUAACAACCAACCUUUUAAUAAUAUGGAUAAUAUGAAUAAUAAUAAUUUUAUGGGUGGUAACCAACAUCAUCAAAUCGGUAAUCAACAAUUACCACCACAACUUCAAAAUGAACAUCACUCUAAUAAUAAUAAUAAUAACAAUCAUCACAACGAGAAUAAUAAUCACCAACAACAACAACAACAACAACAAACGGUCAUUAGUCAAGAUCACAUUCAAUUGGCCUCCAUUUUGGAAAAGAUUGAUCAAUAUCUCAAGCUCUACAAUGAAAAUGAAGAGUUUUUAAGACUCCAGAGUGACAUUAAAACAAAUCUCUACAAUCGUCCCUACAACCAAGCGACAUUUUCACAACUCAAGCAACAAUACUCGUUCCUAUGUCAAAAGUACCAUGUCACCUCUACCGAGGUUACUCCAGCCACUUCAAAAGAGGAUUUUGAUCCAGCCGAUUUAUUAUAUCGAUCAUUACCAUUACAAUGUAAACACUGUGCACUAAGAUUCAAGGAAGGUGAUCAGUUGAGAAAGCAUAUUGACUGGCAUUAUAGAGUUAAUAAAAAAGAUAAAGCAAACAAAAAGGACAAGGAAAAGGCAAAACAAGCAAUGUCAAGAUCUUGGUUUAUAACUGAAGACGAUUGGAUGAAUGCUCAAGGUGGAACACAUGAACAUUUACCAGAACAACCUGCUCUUGCCUACUUUUCUAAAAGUCAACAAAAAGAGGAACAAGACAAACCAUUGCCAGAUUUAAUAUCAGACGACAGCCAACCAAAUUGUCCCAUUUGUAGAGAAAAGUUUGAUAAGUUUUGGGACGAGGCAAACGAGGAAUGGAUGUAUCGUGCCGUUGAAGUGAGCGAGUCACUUGGAAAAAUCGUUCAUUGUAAAUGUAACCGAUCAACAUCUCCAAACUCGGACCAAGAAGAUGACGACGAAUAUGAAUCAGAUUAUCUCAAAAAGAGAACUAUUCAAGACUCUGUAGCAACCGAUGACAAUGAAGCCCAUUUAACAUCUGAACUAGCUGACCAUAAGAAAUCCAAGUUGACCUAG